GUUUCCAACUCUAAUGCAUAUACGUUGCAUCGCAAAAAAGAGCCCUUACCAUGUUACGUCAUCUAAAUAUGACCUCGGAUCAAUGGCUGGCUUCUUCGUGUAGAAUUUCUGUGUGGACACCGGUUCAUCUAUUUCAAUUUCGACUGAUUUUGAUUGUCAGUUUUGAUGUUAAAUGAUGGAUUUUGACUGCCUGUCUCUCUGGUGUCCCGUCUUCUCAGAAGCUUCUCCAGACCUUGCCCAUGCCCUGACAACAGCAACCACUCCAACCAUGGAGUAAUCCUAAACAUUACAGGACAAGUGCAGGGGCACUCUCACAUAUGCCAUCCAGCAUCAUGUGGCCAGUGUACUGUCAUUAGAUCGCCCAUAAUCUCUUCUUUUACUCUAAAAGAGAAAAAAGGGGUUAAGAGCCAAAUCAGAUCGUCAUAAGAAAUUCACAUUAUCUGUGGUUGCUUUCUUUGUAUAAGAUCCUACCCAGGAGAAGAUAAGAUAUCUUUCAGUACCUGUUUUAAGAGAGAUACAAGGGCACUCACUAACAAAAAAAAAAAAAAAAAAAUACAAGUUUUUCAGAUCAGGACAUCUCAGAAAAGAAAGAAAGCAAAAUGUUUUUGGAUAUUGAUAGUAAACAAGCCCAAUAACCUUCAAUGAUUCUUCAAAGUCCUGCGGCCACUCCCGUUAAGAUGGCUUCCACGACGUCCGUCCAGAAUUGGCUGGGCCAGGAGCUUGAAACGAGGGGUGUCGAUGCAGUGGUCUACACUCGCUACAUCCUCAGUAUCUUCCAGCAAGACAGCUUCGACCUGGAGCAGGACCCUGAGCUCAUCGUAGCUGCCCAGUCUCCCGUCCCGCCUCCGACUCACAACCAGCAAUCCAAGGUAGGCGUGGAAGGUGGAGGGGGCAUCAGCUCUACCUUCGCUGGCUGCCACCACCACCAUCAGGCGUUGCCGGGCAAGAAAGAUAAAGGGAAAGGUCGAUGUAAAGGGAAGACCCAUCACCUUCGAUGGCAGACUCCAGAAGAUCUUAAGAAGGAUGCCGUAGUGAAGUGUCUCCAAUCGGUGGCUGAAAAGGACUGUGGCAUCGAAGGCCUCGUUGAGGAGCUGUGUCUCAAGUUAAAGAAAGUCCAGGAGGAGAGGGAAGAAAAUGCCACACCCUCACAUUCCCCGGACAACAACUCACAGAAGUCCAGCGAUGGAGCUAGCCAGACAGAGAGGUAUUAUGAGGCCUUUCCUGCUCUGAGUGACAAGUCCAAAGCUGUGGCAGCAGACAUCAAACCAAAAGGGGCAUGGAAAUCAAAAGCCAAACGCAACAACUCUACAGGCUCCAUCUCUAAUCCCUCCAGCGAUCGUGAGCUGGAGACUCUACCAGACAAGAGUGUAUCUGCCUCAGUUUCCCGCAACAGUCACUCUCCAGUGGGUUUCCAGGGCAAGCAGUACCAGCGAGCUCAAAGCCUUCCUAGCAGCCUCUCACGCAACCAGAACAAGAGUCCUACAUUCGUUGUCCCGAAGUACCAAGGACGCAAGGGUCAUCACCGCACAUAUGGCCACAGUCAAGACAAGAGUGCGAAGCGACACCACCGAGACUGGGAUUGGGGCAGUCGAGUUGACAGAGUUGAGGGAAAGUACAAGAAUGUAGCUGGCUGGAAGAAAGGUGACAUGUUUCCUGAAUGGUACAGUGAAAGUGGGGAAGGUCUAGCUAACUUGAAUCUCCCAUUGGAUGGCAGUGACUUAGAAGCGACAGAAGAGGCUAGUCAGGAAGUUUUCCUUGAGGCGAAUGGUGAUAGUAAUGAAGAAGAGCGUCUGGAAGAGGCAGUCAACACAAUGGCUGAGACACUGUGUCGUAGCAUAAUGGAGGAGUGUGAUGAUGACAAGCCCUUUACAAAGAGCUUAACUAUCCAUGGACUGCUGAUCGAUGACCAGGAUAAGGAUAUGCUAGGAAGUGGAGACAACUUAAAAGAUUGGUACGCAGGUUCCACAAGAAUAGGUGACUUCAAACAAGAGGUCAGCAUGGCUCCCGUAGAUGUGAAUGGUCAACGCAAUCUGUCAUCUAUGUGGGAGAAGAAUCUUGUGCCAGGGAGUCCAUUGUGUGAAGGCCAGCAGGAGCCCUGGGAAAACAAUGCAAGAUCUUGCCUGCCUACUGCUAGCAGCCCCCCAAGUACUUCAUUACCAAGUGGUGCUCCUGAUGUCAACCAUCAUGGAAGUGAUCCAACCAGUCCAAGGAGCCUGCUAGGUGAUUCUGCACUUGAAGAUCUUUCUGAUGCAACAUCUCUUACAGGAGAGCUGAGAGUUGACAUAGAUCACCAUCACAUGGAUAGUGCUCCCAUCUCGCCACGCAAUGCUCCCAUUGGGACUGGACGCAACAAUGACAGCCUUCUGCGUAUCUGCGACCAUACCCAUGCACACUCCAAUCCUUACGAUCCCCAAGGACCGGGCACUCCCUCAGGAUGGGGGAUUUCAAGUGACAGCUCCCAAGGCCCUCUGCAAUCAACACCUGGCAUACCAGGCUUACCAAGUGACCAGUCCUUCAGUGCGGAUGAUGACAGCAUCGUGCAAAGCAUUUGCUCAUCUCACAAAGAUAGUUCACUACUAAACCUUUCAAGUGAAGCUCACUCCCUGGAUAUGAAUAAUGCUCUCUGGGCAACAUAUGAUUCCAAACAGCCGCAAUUUCACCCUCCAAAGAUUGUGACAUGGGAUGAAAACAUAUUUUCUGGAUUUCAACCUAUGUCUAAGAUGUCUACUUUCAUUGAGGGUGGUGUCUAUGGCAGCCCUUAUAGCAGUCACAACAACAGUCAGUUCAAUAGCUGCUCUACCAGUCCUUGUAAUGACAGCAGUAUAAGAGAACUCUGGGAAGCUUCUCACAAUAGGGACACAACAUCAUCUGUGUGCUCCCUGGAAUGCCUCUUGAGUCCUCAACCAUGUGGUACAUCAUGCUGCUCUCUCCAGGAUGAGCAGAGCGUCAUUGAAGAUAGUCUUGUGGAUAGCCCAAAGUAUCUCUGCUCCCGAAGCUCAUCCCGAUUUGACUUUGCAAGAAGUGAUGCUGAGAACAGCGAUGAUUCAAGCCCCCCUGGAACCGAAACGGAUGAGAUGAUAUCUGAAGAUGAAUGGGUUGAGGAGGUUCCUCGGGAUGUGCAUGAUGUAAAAGGAGACAAAGGCAAUCAAAGUGACAAUGACCGUACCCCAAAGGACAAGUCUCCUGGAGUGAUUCACGAAGGAAGCCUGAACAGUCAGCAGGGUUCUUCUGCAAACAGUCAGCAAGGGUUCUGUGGAAGUUCUCUUGGGUCAGGUAAAGGCACAGUUGUCAGCCAGCAUCUCCUGUCUGCAGGCUGGAAGAAAAAUGACGGACCCUCUUCUGCCAGUCCUGACAAAUCUGAUUUAUCAAAAGAUAGAGCUGAGCUAACAUCCUCAUCUGAAAGACCUUUCAUUUCAGAAGACUCACACUUUAAGCCAAUUCAGUUUGAAUCAAAGACACAACUGCUUGGAAUUUCAUCAGAAGAUAAAGUGGAGUUUCAGCCAUUCGAACCAAGGAAAUACACUCGAAGUACAUCAAACCCUUCUGGUCAGGAUUCUGUGUCUUCUCAUAUUUCUGGAGGUAACAUAAGUAACGUUUGGAAACCAGUCCAGGGAUCUGCUCCUCAGAUGUUUCUGUAUGGCAGGGACCAAUUUCUUCAACCCUCCAAGCCACCAGAGGACAUCACUGCCAGAAGCACCAGCCAGACAUCCCAGCUGCAUCCUGGUGGGUUCGGAGUUGGUAAACUCCCAGACUCAUUUACCAGUGCUGGUCCUGCUCCUCUGUACCCUGACCAACCCAGAGAUUCCGGAUGCACUUGGAGGUGUACCUACCCUGGAGGAGCUGGUGCCGAUAUACAAGACCCUGGAGGGGGCCAUAGGGCAGGAGGGGCAGCCAUAGCAGACAACUGGGGAUUCUAUGGUGUCAGACCUGGCAUGCAACAACUUGACCAUGAUACACCACUGAUGUACCCAGAUGAAGAUGAUACCUUCCUUCAUGAGGGCCUCCUUGUAGACCAACCACUUGAAUCACAUCCUCCUCAAAGAUCUCAAGGAAGAUUCAAAAGAAGAAGUGGAGCUAACAAUGUGUGCAAGGAGUUCCUGGAGGGCUGCUGUACCAACAACAUGUGUAGUUACUCCCACGACACCAGUCAUGUGACCUGCGGCCAGUGGUUAGAAGGGAGGUGUGAGAGGGGGCCCUUCUGCAAGUUCUUGCAUGGAUACACCAGUAACAUGUCCUCACAAAGUAGUAGCAGAGCUUGCUCAAGGAGUGGAAGUACAGAUGAAACAGAAGAUACUGUGUGGGACCAGCAUCAGCGGUCGUCAUUCCCCGUUGUCCCCGAUCUGAUGCGGUUGCCGAGAUACCAGAGCAGCGGAGGACAUGGAAGAUCUCUAGGAGAAGGGGAGGGAGGGGAGCAUAUGCGUUCGUUACCUAUCAACAUCUCCUCCAAAAACAGAUGACGAAGAGCCCUCUACCAUGAUUGGUAGUACAGUUUAAAUGUAGGCUAUUUAUAUAUAUAUAAAUAUAUCUUUAUACAUAUUGAACAUGCUUUAUUUAUAUUAUGUCAAUCACUUUAAGUGUAUACGUACGGGAUAGCAAAUAUCUGUGAUUGGUGAUAUAGUAUAUUUGUGUUUGAAAAGAAGUUGAAAUUUCUUUGCUUUGAGAGUUCAAAGCAGUCACAUGGAUGUAUCUAUCUUUAAAUUUUUAUCUUACAGUUUUAAGGACUGAAGGAUAACUGCAUAUUAUCUUUCUAAAUGGGGGGAAAGAAACAAUUGUUGAGGUAAUGGCAACAAUUUAAACAAAUUAAGAAAUUGAUGCUGGGUUACGUACUGUUCUUUUUCGAAAAAAAAAAUUAGGAAAAGAAAUAAGACCUCAAUCAUUGAAAAUGGUCAUUGGGCAUAGUUUCACUUUCAUUUAUAAGAGAACAUUUCGUGAGAAGAAAGCUCAUUCCUCUCAGUGCUGGAGAUCAUAAUCGGUUGGUCUAAUACCAGUGAGUCUGGUAUCAAGUAUCGCUAUACCAAUUUGGUCUACUACAUGUAUCUUUGGUCUAAUUGUCAUUUGGUCUAAUUGCAACAGCAUUUGGCUUAUUGUAUUGUUGACUGGGAUUUAGGUUAGUCACCACUUGAUCACGUGGCAGUGUUGGGGUGUAGUGGUUUUGCCUCUUUCCUCACAAUCUUAGGGAUCCUAUUUUUGAAGGAUGCUGUGAUUGGUGGGACACCAAGCAUUCACCGUCAAGGCGUUGGCCUACACUUGCCUCUCUGCAUCCGGGCUAUAAAUUUUUUACCUGGUAAGAUGCGAAAGCCAAUGCAGUAUGCCUAUCAUUCGAGCUUGAAACUGGCUUGAAAGCUCCCUAGGAAGUGGAAGAAAUGGAGCUUGGAAGUUCUUGUUGGAAUGGUCCAGAGGGAGUGGAAAAAAUGGCAAUUCCCCCAAGAUCAAGUGGCUAUACUGAGCAGCCAAGUAGUACCGAUUUUCAGGAAUUAGUGCUGACAAGUGAGAAGAAUACUGAUGGUUUCAUGCAAAAUACUCAUUUCUACAGUUAUAGUUUCACGUGUUAUCCUAUGGUAUUUCUUUGAAAAUUUGAUUUCCUCUCCAACAUAUUUCGAGCUUUUAACUGAACUGAAUGCUCUUGUCCAGGUUCAUUUCAUUGUGUGAUCCUCCCAGCAUCACUUUCUCCAGAAUAUUGUCAAAAGAAGCGAACGUAAACUCUCAUUUCCUGCAUUCAACAUUAGGGAGUGUCCUGACACAUUUGUAUUUUUCUAAGAAACUUUUGAAAGCCAUUGAAAAAAAGAUCUUACUGUAUGAAAUACAGUGUGUAUUUUUACCUGUACAUUGAAAUAAAUGUGAAUAAGAAAGAAAUGAUUAUAGAUUGCGAAAAGCAGAACAUAUAUGUAAUUUACUGCACCUUUUGGUAGCAAGUGUAAAAACGCAUAAAUACAUAAAAUUGUGAAAAGUAUCACUCUUCGUUAGCCAUUAUUGGAUAAGGAAUAUUAUAUGUUGUAUAUUGAGCAAAACAUUGGGGUUUAACCACUUUUUAAUUCCAUGUAGAACACAUAUUUUUGUAAUUUCGGAGAUGAAAAAAGGUGUGGCAGAGGAUUAAAUACAGAAAUAAUCUGUAAAGAAUUUAUGGUAGAGGUUCUAGAAUAGUUACAGCAGUAUUUUUUUUUAUAUAAAACAUAUAAUUUCUCCCUCUGUGGAAAGGAGGAAGUGAUAUUAGCCGAGUAUACGUGUAUAUUCUAGGAAAUGUUGAGUCCAAGUUCUGGACAGGGUUUCUCUGAAUUUCUGUAUUGUACAUGUAUCUCUCACAAUACGCUCACAGGCGACCAUGUAGCGUACAGUUGGCUUAUAUACAUAUAUCAAUAUAUAUCUUGUGCUGCAUUUUACAUUUGUGAUGAAGUGUUCACCAAAGAUGAAGUACCUAUCACCUGUCCAAAGCAGAAAAGGAUAUGAUAGUAGAUGUAUCUUAAACCAAAUAUUAAAAGCAGUUGUGUUUAUAUGGUUUGAUAGGAAGAGAGCCCUCUACUGUUCAACAUUGUAGAGUAACGGGAUCAUUUGUACACAGCUGUGAAAACAGCACUUGCAUGUAGGAGUCUGUCCUUGAUAAGUAGGUCAGCAAUGAAUGCUUCAAUUCUAGAAUUGGAAUUCUGGAAUUGGUGAUCUUUGACAGUUUCACACUGUAUUUUUUUCUUUUUUUUAUAGAAAGAAAAGAGUAAUAUCAGAAAAAUAGAGUAAAUUCUCUUUUUUACUGUAAAUCAAAUUCAUGAAGCAUUUUAGUGUCGCCAUGUUGAGGUAAUUUGAUGUAACUGUGUUUGUUUUAUUUUCAUGGUGAGAGUAACAAGUUCAGAAGCACUGCACUGUAUAGAAUUAUUACUGUGUUCUCUAUGAUGGUGUUGUGCGGAUGUUAGAAAAAAUGUGAGUCAGAGAGCUUUUGUUACCAGUCUAUUAUAAAAUAAAUUUUUAUUGCAUUUUGAAUGUAGGUUUAGAAUUUAAUUAUUCUCAAAUAGGUCACAGCAUUUCUCCCCUCCAAAUCAAAUAAGUUUUUGAAAUGUGCGAAAACUAAGAAUAAAAUGUUUGUGGCAUAGAUGGUUAUUGCAAGCAAGCAUCACAUUUGAUGUUUCUCUGGAGGACAUUAGAUAUGAUGAUUGCCAUGAUUGUUGGAAAGGGAAACGGGAGAUUGCUGAUUGAUGGAGGGGGGGGGAUAGGACAGGAUUGUGGUAAAAAGAAAUAAAGGACUAAGUUCCACUGCAGUAAGAAUGUCUGGCUGUUACCUGAAAUCGAAUAAAGUUACCAGUAGAAAUGGAAAAUGUAUAAUGGAACGAGCGAUGUUGUGGCACACACACCUAAAAUAUGUGUUGCCAGUUUGAUCAAAUAGCAAGUGAAACGUCAAGACAAGACUCCUGAUUUUCUGCCGCCCCAUGUUCUUGUAGAUACUUCUUUGUAAGAAGAAAUAAUGAUGAAAUGACUGACUUGGAAUACACUGUACAUGUACAUGAUUUUAAAAUGAUUCAUAUUUGCUUUAUAGUUGAUGAGUGAUGAAAAGUUCAUGAUUUUGCUAUGCUCAGUUUGUAGAUUACAUUCCAUCUGUGAUAUUUGAUAAUGAGGAAUAGUUUUAAUAUCUCAUUGGAAUGAGGAGGAUAAUAUAAUCACAUAUCACACAAAAUAUUGAAUUUCCCUCUCAUCCCAAAUGAUGUAUUGUUGCUUUCAAGUUUAAUUUUUUUUAAAUGAAUGAAUAAUGUUUUGUAUAUGUAUAUUGCGGUAUAAAGUAACUCAUUGUUGGUUUCUUUGCAGUUUGGUAUUGAGUGUUCAUAUUUACAUGUAUGCAUAGAUGACCAUGGGUCAGUAUCACAAAGCUUGGUUAUUGAUGUAAA